AUGUCUUCUGCCACCGACUGCAGGCCUAUUGCCGAACAGAGAGGCGCCACAUCUCAACAACUCCUUUGGGUUCAAGCUCGGGUUUUAAAAUUCGAGACCAUGCACAAGGGGUUAUGGAACGCCAACGACUCUACCUGGGCAUUUGUGCCGCCUAACCAUAUGACCCUUCCAAUCCCUGCUUAUGAGGCUGCGGAAGUGUAUCAACAAGAAAUCCACAACGCGCUUGAUACCGCGGAAGUCUUCCUCAUCUCAAUCAAUGAGGAUCCCUUAGGAUCUAUCCGCAGCGACCGAAAGGAUCAAAGGCCUGGUUUCUGCUAUGACACUCUUCUCGUCGAACAUCUACGAAUGGCCAUCCUCAGCUAUGGGAGAGUCAAGGACAAGAAGAAACGUCCUGCUCAUUGGUUGUUUCCCAUUGGCCGCGACUGGCAUUCUGCUUCGAUGAACGUUUACUGGGAUAUUUUCAAGAGUUGUCGGGGAAGGUUGCAGAGUAUACUGGGUGCUUGGGUCACAAUGAUUUUUCGAGCCUUUUGUUGGCAUCAUUGUCAUCAUCUUAUCACUUCUCAAACUAUACUUCAGUCUGAAUGGCGUGAAAGCCAGAUGCCGGUUUACAUCGGAUAA